AUGCCUGUUCCAAAGUGGGCAAAGCCGCCUGGGGAGCUCCUAACUCAAGAAGAGAAGAAAGCCAAUCAUAUCGCUUCGGAACAAAAACGCCGCCAAGCAAUCCGCUCCGGCUUCGAACGCCUCGCCGAACUCGUCCCAGGUCUUUCCCGCUCUCAAGGACGAUCCGAAGCUGUCGUACUGAAACGUUCGGUGGAUUUCUUGCAAGAUUUGAUUGCGGAACGGGAAGCGUUACUGCGGAAGUGUGCGGAGAGGGGGGCUGAGGUGCCGAGGGAUUUGGAGGGCGGGUGGGGUGGUUUCGGACGCCUCUCUCGACAGAAGUCGGAGGAAUAG